CGAUAUGACAGCGAGAGAGAAGCAAGUGGCGCUUCACCACAUGAUGCGUGGUGAUGUCAUUGUGACAUCACGUUCGGUACCUCGUGGUAGAGGCAACAUGGCGGACCUGGUUAAAUAUACUCGGUGUGAAAGAUAUAUGGUCCGUAUGUUCAACUACAUAUUGUUCAAGGCCGAGGGGAGGUCAAAAGAAGAUUGGAGCGCUGACUUUUUCAUCGGUUACACGACCAUCUUGGAGAGGUAUAGCAAAAACGGCUUGACGGACGAGAAAUGGACCGAGGAACGCGACCGCAUCCCUGACGACAAGGCGAGGAAGAUGCCGACGCGUUUAGGCGGUCCUGAUGAGAUUAAUGGUGAGAACGGUGCGGGACUGGAGGCAACCCAAGGCAUGUACAAGGCAACCCCGUUCCACCUCAGGUGUUUCAUCUACGAGGCAAUCGACUGCUUGGACGACCUGAGAGUGGAGGUUAAUCGGAUAUCCUCCAGUGCUUGUUCCAUAUUUUGGGAAGUGAGGAAGAGGAUUACCACGUUCCUGCCAUUUGAAAUCGAACCGAAGGGAGUGCUCACCGACAACGAGGAGGUUGUUGGUACGGCAAGGGGGAUGAAGAUACGGGCAACCAUUCUUGAUACGUCAACAUCACCGAAAUGUGUUCCGUGGGAUGAUGACGCCUUUUCUAAACUGUACGUUUUCCUCAUGACAUGUUGUGGCGAAAACUGGGCCUUGAUCAUUUUCGCGUCGAUGAAACACCAGAAACAGGUGAUGAUGCAGAGUGUGUACAACUGGAAUGAUGUUGAGGUGCUCACAGGGUCAUGGUACAGACACUAUACACCUUCGACAACCUUGAACAAGUACGGCAACAUUGCAGUUCGGUACACUGACAUGAUGGCUAUUGUCCUCCAUGCCAAGAACGGCAAUUUCGACAAUAUAACGGUUGCGCCGAAAUUGCGAGCCGAGUUGACAAAUUUAAACGUUGAAGAGGGUGAAUUUGUGAGGUGCUCAGGGGAGUGUAUCGGCGUGGAGGGAGAUAUCGGCGCGGUUUAUUCUUGGAUGGAACGAGAGUCAUCACGUCUCCGAAAACUGUGCAACUCGUUCAUCAGGGAGGACGAUGGCGUGAUGCUGUUGGGGAGGGCGCAUGCGGGACUGAUUUGGGAACUCGCUCGCGUCGGACACCACGUAUUUGCGUGUGACGACACGACAAAAGAGCUCAAAUACCUUUCCAAGUUUUUGGAGUUUUAUGUGAAGGAUCCGAGGAACAAAUGCAGGUUCGAAAAGCCCGAAGUCGAGCACCGCAAGGACCGGGACAUUUACUAUAUGCUCGGCAGGAAGAGGGAGAAAGUGUGGGCUUACUUGUUCGGUGACGCUCCAUGGACGGCGGUUGAUAACGACUUUGUCAUCAGGAAAAAUGAACUCGAGAUAAAAAUGAACGAGUACCACGGAUCGCACAUGGGUGCUUUCCACAUGUUCGUAGUGCGUUGUGAGCAUCUGUAUUUCAAUAUGAAGAAAAGAGCACUGUCAUGCAGGGACUAUGUGGACUUGGCACGUAAAACGGGGAACUUCAAUAACAUCGAUUGUGACGAAGACACAUCAGACUUCGACCUCGACGUUCCGUCGCACGCGACACAACGUUCGGCGCAGGGAGCACGUGCCGAGGAACCGCAAGGGAGCACCAGACUUCGACCUGGUCGAGUUUGGGAGCGACAUAUGCUAGUGAGGGAGACGUGGAACAUAGAAUGAAUCCAAGGGGAGAAAAGAAUGGUGUACCAACGAACCCGGUGGGUGCGAGUGAGGGAAUUGUUAAUUCACGGGGCAACACAGGGGGAGGAGAGAAUGGGUGUGAAAUGACCCCGCCGACAUCUGGACCAUCAUCGAUACAUGCACCGCAGGCCGAGCAGUGAACGAUCACGUCGAUGGACACAGAUGAAGAUGAAGACAUGGAUAUGACAACAGUCAUGCCGAAGCUCGUGUCAAGAAAACCGUUACCUCAAGACUUUGCUCAAGACCCUUCAGUGUCAUACUUGCUGCAAGACAAGU